AUGUUUCCCAGUGUGAAGGACCGAGCGCGGCAGUUGUUUGGAGAAGCUGCCAUACCCGAUACCGCACCACCACCUCCGGUCGCGACAGGAAGGAGAGGCGCGCCACUGAAGGCGGCUGCAGCUACGAAGGCGACCCCAGAACCCAAGACGCCUGCGAAAACAUCCAGAGCCGACGCAAGGUCAAAGAAAGAUGCCGCACCGGUGGUCGAGGAAACACCAAAAGCCAUAGGCGCAUGGCCGAGUCCUUUUGCUUCACUCAGCACGAGAACAUCGCCACCAGCGACCACCACGCCGCCAACGCCAUCGAAAUCGAAAUCGAAAUCAUCGUCCAAGACAGCUACCGCAUCGAAACCAAAAACCGAGAAAUCGUCGAAGUCUGACAAAGCUGAGAAGGCUGCAAAGGCUGAAAAAUCUUCCAAGUCUGACAAGAAGUCAAGUUCGCGACCGAAGACUCCUCCGACUCCCAAGCCUUCUGGGUCUUUCUUUGGGGGCGCAGCUAAGACUGCUACGCCUGUGAAGAAGAAGGUUGAGCCAAAACCUGCGCCCGAACCUAAAAAGACCUCGCGCCCUAAGCUCGAUACCCGCACCUCGUCUCGUCCAAAAAUGGAGCGAAGCUCGUCAUCCUCUUCCCUCGAAGACGACGACGAAUACGGUGAUCUCCGCGCUGCCUGCCUUCGAGAAGUAUCUAACGUCACCGGUCUCAAGGGAAAGAACCUGGCAAUAUCUUUGCGACAGCGAUCCUCUGGUGGUUGGUAUGCGGCGCUGAAAGAUGUCGGCGCGGAUAAAUAUCUGAAGAUGUGGAUGAACCGCGACAAGACAUUCAAGACGCAGGACGAAGCGUUAGAGGCCUAUUUGGUGUUCGUUAAGAAGAUGAAUACGGAUAUGAAGCUUUUUGGACCAAUGAGCCCAAAGACUGGGAAGACCAAGGGUUUUUUCUAAACUUUUGACGAACGAUCCGACGCGUCAACGUACCGACGCAACCUAGACGUGUUUAUGAGAACACGCCACUGUAACAUAUGUAACACUACGGAGACCGGCAUCAUUUUUCAGCGAGGCGUUUGGAUCCUUCUGCGAGCCCUUGCUCGACUUUGUUGUAAGAUAUGUAAGAUAUGUAAGAUUACGCGCUAUUUGGAUUUUUUUUACUGGCGUUAAGGACGACGAAACGAUCUUGCGCGGCGACGUACUGGGCCGGUUUGAUUCGGUUCGCUAUAUACCCCACUCAAGAUCUUUCACUCCUCACGAACGUGGCUUUGUUCGUUGAUCGAACGGACGAAUACGCCAUUUACAUACACUUGUAAUCUAUAAUACUUCUUUCCGGUCACCCG